CGGCAGCCACGGGUGUAAACACUGGAAAAAGUCAGUGCAAGUCUGUCAGUGUCCGUGUGAGGUUAUGCUCCUCCUUCCCUCUAACUUAGGAUAUGUUGUCAAAUUAAGUGAAUACCAGGUGCAGCUAAUAUGUACACCAUGAAAAAUAAUGUAAUGCCAUCUGUCAUUAAGUGCAUCCUCUUCCAUUUAAGUGAUAUUUAAACUCAGAAAAAUAUAAAAGGAAAUGUUUUAUGUGAUGUGUUUGAAGAAAAUUGAUAUUUUACUUUCUAAUAUUGGAAAAAAAGAAAUUAACAUAAUAUGGUACUGUGAAAUUAUGAAAAUUCAAAUUUAAGUGAAACAAUGAUGUGCUUUGUAAAAUUAGAAAGGUUCCAGGAGCCUUUCAUAGUGUUUUAUCUUGGUUAUUCUUCUUGAAAAAUCCUUACUUCUAGUCAAAAUGGGGUCACGGAAUGUGGUUGCUGCGUGUAUCCUGGUUACUGGAAGUGUCUACCAGGUCUUUGCAUAUCCCAUAGACCCUGAUGGGUUGGGCAGGGAGGGUGGCUGGAGCAGUAGGGACUAUAUCAAUGCAGCAUUGGGAGUUGCUGCACUGCUCUCCUCUGUGACCACCCUCCUUGCAUGUGUGUGUUGUAAACGUGCUCGAGGAUUCAAGCGCUCAGAUUCAGGACUGCAGGAGUUGAGUUCAGUGUCGUCACGAGUAGAGGGCAGCACUACUACCAUCAACCAUGGCCCCCGUGAGGAGUUCACAAUGUUCCCACCAGCAGGCAUCUCUCAGCUGUCACUCUCCACUACACAGGUAAGCCACACACAUCACUCACGGCUCCUGCAAAUGAGACCAGUUUCUCAGAAAUUUAUUAGAACUUAAAGUAAAUAUGAGACAUACAAGAUUAAGGGAAUUGAAAAAAGUUGGGUAGUAUAUCCAUUACUGAUAACUUCAUAUUUAUUAAAUAACUUCAUAUUUAUUAAAUAUCUUCAACGACAAAGAUUUGUUUGGAAUCGAGAAAAUUUUUUGAAGACUAAAGACGCAAAGUCCUGCAUUUCUUUAAUAUUAAGGCCAACAUGGUUAAUUUAUUAUGUACCUGAUAUUCAUUCUCUUGUAUAAUUCAUCUCCGAGGAAUUGGCAACAGCAUAUUCCCUCACCUUCGUCUGCGUUCUAGUUUAUGAUCCUGGUAAAUUUUAACUCUCUUUCAAAGGACCUUCCGGAUUACUAGGUGUAGGUUUGGAAAUUUUCAUGCUUGAAGCUACUGCCUUCUUCUAGUAAGUAAUCUCUAGUGGGUGGUUUUUAGAAGAUAGUUUGUGGAAGGUAUGGAUAAUAUUGUCUCAGGGUUUACUAGUUUGUGUAUGUAUAUCUUAUCAGGCUAGACUAUGAGGGAGUUAGAUCUGUUGAAACAAUUACGAGUUCCCGUAACGAGUGUAAAUUCAGGGGUGGAAAAUUCCAGAAAUAGUGUACGAGUAGGGAUAUUCAAUAAAUUUAUCAUCAACAGUCAGAGAAAUGACUUAGACAAAUUAAAAAACUGCCUGUAUCAGACAUACCCUAGGAAACUAUUAUGAGCACCCUGAACCCUCGCCAGUGCUUGGAAAAGAACAUAAGAGAGGAGGAACACUGGAGCAGGCCUACUGGCCUAUACUAGGCAAGGGCACUAUAGGCACCAUAAGAGAACAUUGUAUCAACCUCCGUGGGCCCAGACUGUUUAACACACUUCCAUAAGAUAUCAGAAACAUUGCUGGAACAAAAUUUGAAGUUUUGAAGAGGAGAUUGGUCAUGUACCUCUGCCAAGUGCCAGAUCAACCAGGCAGUGAUGAAUAUGUGGGUCAGCGGGCUGCUGGCAGUAAAAGCUUGGUUGAUCAGGUAAACACCAGAGAAACAUAGACCAGAGUAGGAAAACUCUCGAAAGCUCUCAAAGGUACAUCAAAGUUAUUAAGAGUCUGGACUCUCGGAUGUUGAUACAAUGUUCUCUUAUUGAGCCCACGGCGUCCCUGCUUUUUACUGGGUUUAUUUUACAUUUUCUCCCACAUCUCUCACUCUGUUAUGGCAGUGUGCAGAUCAGGGACCAGUUCCUCAAAUGCUUUCCACAUAUACUGUAUUAUUCAAAACCAUAGGGGGAGUUGAAUAAUAGCUCUAGGUCUUUCGUGGUGCAAUCAUCACAUCAGGAGCUUGAUUGUUGCAGAAAUGGAUAAGAGAUCUCAGCAGAUUCGCUCAGAGGCACGCGGGAGCAUUCCGAGAGGUCUAGAGCUUUCAGUCAACCCCUCCUGUGGUUAUUUUGCAUCUUGUAUAGGUUAUUCGCGAUUCUUGCAUAUUAUACUGUAUUAUGUAUCUCUCCUUUGUUCCUGCAAAUACAUAUUAAGGACUUUAAGACAUUCCCAGUAAUUU